AUGAAAACAGCACGAAGUCGUGAUUCUACAUCUCUUAAUAUCAGUAUUGAUGAACCAAUAUGUCCCGUAUCAUUUCGACCACAUAUAACUGAACGUUUAACUGGACUUGAUCAUCCGAAAACUUCACUCGAUCAUGAAAUAUUACAUACACUCAGAGAAUCAUUUGAUGAUCGUUCAACACCAAUAAGUGGACCAGUAAGUUCUUCUAGUCUUGAUUAUGCACUAUGGUUAGAAGCUGGUAAACAUUCACAUAAAUCAACAUAUGCUAAAAGUCUUGAUGGUAAACCACCAAUUAAUUAUAAUAUAUGGAGAAAUUAUCAUCAUUAUUAUUCAAAUGUUAAAAAUAAAGUUUCACGUCGUUCAAGUGCUCAAACAAAAUAUAAUGAUCAUGCAGCAUAUAAAUAUCCAAUUUUAAUUCCAGCACCAUCACAACUUGGUGAAAAUCAUUUAAGAAAAUAUUUUGAAGCAAAUAAAAGAGAACUUUUUCAAAAUCAAUCUCAUUUUCGUAUGGCACUUAUUAAAGCAGAUAAUGAUGAAAGAUUAUUACGAUUGUUAAGUCUUAAAAGUCAGCAACGAAAUCCACCUAUGCCGUCAGAUAUUGAUGAACCUUCUCAAUCUUCGGAUAUCUCACCUGUUCGUAAAUCAACAGCAGUCUCAAUUUCUCGUAAUCGACAAUCUUCAAUACAAAUUUCUCCACAACCAGUACCACGAUAUCAAUAUGAUAGUCGAAAAAAAUUGGUUCUAGCAGAAAAUCAUCCAUUAAUGGAAAAAGUAAAAUUUGAACAAGAACUUAAAACAGCGAUUAAUUUUCAUCGAGAACUUAAACGUACAAAAGAAGGCAGUGAAAAAAGUUUAUAUGCUGAUCAUCGACCGGUUUAA